CCUGCAACUUCUGAAUAAAGUCAUGUUGCAAUACACAUAAAUCAAAAUACUGGAUUGCCUGCUUGAUAUACCAGCAUGUUUUCCAAAGGCCUUAUUGUUAACUUUGAGUCAUUUGUGUUGGGGCAGGGAUAUGUCCAAAAGGUGCAGCAUAGUGGCUCUUUGGGGCCGAAGCUUUAGACCCCUGGUUUAGAUUAAGGCAUUUUCAUGUGAUGAAAUGGUCCAGUCAAAGUCUAGAACUAGAUCCGAAAAUUCAUUCCUCACAGAUGCUUUCCCUCCAGUCUACCUGAGCGUGAGCGAUUUAGCGAAGAAAAAUGUGACAAUUCUCUAAACUUGUAACUGCUAAGUGUUUCUCUUAGACUUUGAAAGGUUUAAUGUAGAUCUAUGGCACCGUUUAGAAAGAAACAAUUGAAGAAUUGAAAAGCUGGAUAUCAAUAACAGUCUGUUUCACAAUGAUGGACUGACGUACGUUGCUCUUUUACAUAAAAUCUCAGUGAGAAACAUUGAGGUUGGUUGCUCUAAUGCAACUUUAUGCAAUUAGGUUUGAUGGUUAUAAAACCUUAGUGAGGCUCUCUGUUCGGUGAGCUUCUUAUCUGUGGAAGGGUCUGUCUUUAUAUUUAAACAGGAUAUUAACAGUUAGCUUCCCUCAGGAGUCCUUCCUACAAAUUUCACCACUUCCUCUUCUCUCUUGCUCAUUUCAUCGCUAUUGGCCUCGAGCCAGCCAAUGAGAGCUUGAGAGUAUAAAGGUAGUGGGCACUGAGUGAAACCACAAGGAAACAGGAAGUCAGGGAAAUUCUAAGAAGCGUUUGUCACUUUCACUCAUGCAGUCUUAUACAGAUGCUAAAAUGUGUAACAUGCUCCCACAGAAGGGCCAGAAUGGUAGAUUUAGCUUCAUAUCUCCCUAUUCUCUGGCUUCUUUGCUCACGCUUUAUUCUCUCCGGUGUUCUCCAAAGGUUUGCGCAGAAGAGCACGGCUCUUGUGGCAUGACGACGACUAACAAAGGAAAUAAAGCCUUAAAGGUGAAGCGUGAGCCGGGGGAAAAUGGCACCAGCCUCACUGACGAGGAGCUGGUGACCAUGUCUGUACGGGAGUUGAACCAGCACCUCCGGGGGCUCUCCAAAGAAGAGAUCCUGCAGCUUAAACAGAGGAGGCGCACCCUCAAGAACCGAGGCUACGCCGCCAGCUGCCGGGUCAAACGGGUCACCCAGAAGGAGGAGCUAGAGAAGCAGAAGGCCCAGCUGCAGCAGGAGGUGGACAAACUGGCCAAUGAGAAUGCUUCCAUGCGCGUCGAGCUUGACGCUCUCCGGUCCAAGUAUGAAGCCUUGCAGACCUUCGCCAGGACUGUGGCACGAAGCCCUAACGUCGGGGUGGGGGUCAGGGCAGGUGGGGGGGGAGGAGGAGGGGUGCCGUCGUCGGUCAUCAGCCCGCUCAUACCUGGGAAGGUGGCGACGGCGACGAGCGUGAUCACGAUAGUCAAGUCAAAGACAGACGCACGGUCUUGAGGGAGAGAAAGCUAAACAAGGGUUUAACAGGAUGGAGCUCAGCUGCAUCAGAGCAAGCCUCCUUCUCUGUCCCUCCCCUCUCCUCCACCUGCACAGACACCCAGCAGCUGGGCGGUGUCACACGGACCACCCCAGCGUGUUCCCAUCAUCCGUCUCAGAUUAGUGCAGAUGAAGGACAGGAUGGAAGCAGAGGAGGCUCACAAAGAGGCUUCUGGUCAGAGCGUGAUCAUCUAGAGCAGACUGGGUCCCUUGGCUAAUAUGUGGAAGCAAAUGUCAGAGAAUUGGAAAAUUUUAUUUAAGGUCACUUGUUAAAUCUCCAGUAUUUAUUUUAGAAAACCUGAAAAAGAACCUUUGGACAUUGUGUUGGGUUUAAUGAAAUGUUGAACUUAAAUUACUGUAUGGAUGCACAAACUGGUCACAAAAUGGCCAUACAAUUAAUCCAUUCUUUUUUCUUAUCCAACAAAGAUGACUCUUUAUUUGUGCAUCGCGUGCAUCUAACUUUGUCCGACUGUUAUAAAAACCCAAAAAGUGCAUCAAAGUACAUACAACAGAAUAAUACAUUUAUAUAAAAAAGCAACAGGAGUCAUUGCCGGAUGCUCUUAAUGGAACAGGGGAAAAAAUGUAAUGUUUAUCCACUAGAUUACCAAUUAGACUUGAUUAAAAAUCUGGUCAGUUCAAAUGUCUUGCAGUUUUGAUUUGGUGCCUCUUCAACUCAUAAAUCGGUACUCAGAGCACCAAGUUAUACAACAGCUAUGUAUUACAAAGAAACAAGUGACCUGCUGAUUAUAGACUGCACUGAAGCUCAGUCUUGUUUCACCCAAGAACUUUUUCAGAAAAGUACUAAUAGAGGAAUCUAUAUUAUACAAUGGUGGUAACUGUAUUUCUACUGUUUUGUACUGUGUCGUCAUUCACAUGAGGUCCAAGGUGUAUUCUCUGUGUGUGAAAUGUUAUAUAUCAGGAAUUCUGUGAAAUUCUGUGGCGAGUGUUUGUUCUGGUAUCGCUAUGUUUAGUUAGUUGUGUUAUUUUCUGUGGUCUUUCACUUUUAAUGUCCAACCCUUCUUUUUUUUUCCAACUGUUCCUCCUGGCCCUCCAGUUUGAAUUGUUUUUCAAUCGCAGAAAUCUUCCAGUAUUACGUAGAAAUCCUCUUUGAUGAGGGGAUUUGUCAAUUACAAGUCCAUAUUUAGCUUAAAUUGAAAUAAGGAAAAUGCAAGAUACCCUAUCAGUUAAAAAAGAAAAUAACCAAGUUACCUUGAUGUGUGAGAGUUUCCAGAAUUUGGAAGGCCAAGUGCCUUGGUUUCAAAAUGAUAUGCACCAAGAGGAGCUGAAGGAGGAUGCCGAUGUAAAGCUGAGCAUCAUUCAUUGCUGGACACAUUUUUGCUAACCCCUGGUAAAGACGUGUAAAAACUAUAAACAGGUCAUGAAAAAAGAAAAACUAUAACCCUUUCUUAUUUCUUGAAAUAUGCAUAAUCUCAAACUCAAAAGUUCAGUAAACAACUUGAACAACCAUUCAGUAAAAGAAAAGAAAAUAUUUAGAUGCAUCUUAAAAUAUGCCCCCAUCUGUUCGUCCCUAGGUGAACAGGUUGACGCACCAUUACCAGGGAUAGCAAUAAUUGUGGCCGGCUCCGGAGUUUGUUGUGCAUUGAUGAAGCUUUGCUGUAGCUAUCAGACUCAGAACAAUAAGACUCCUAGACUCCCAGAUUAAUAAUACUCCUUAUUAACUAUAAAGAAAACUGAAAAGAAAUUUCCAGAGAAUCUAAAAGGUUUUGUUUUGUUUUGUUUUUUCCUCCCCGGCUUUUACUUAAAAGUAGUCCUCUGUGGUGUUCUAUACUCGAAGAGUCUGUGUAUAGUGGAGUCUGUAAUUUUAUAAAGACAAUUAUCUUUGCAUUGUUUGUAAGUAUCACAAGAUCCGUUUGAUAUACAGUAAUCUCUCUAUUUUGCAAUUGUACCAAAAGUGGCUUAACUACUGAAUAGCUUUGUUUUUUUGUUUUGUUUUUUUUCUUUAGUAAAUAGGCAGGUGUGCGUAACAGUGAACUAGCGUUUGGUAUGCUGUAUAGGUAUGUAACGAGGUGAUUAUUAGCUAUUUUCUGGUUAUGAUUUGGAUCUGUUUAACAUUUCAGCCCAUGGUGGAUGAUGAAAUAAUGCGUAUCUGCACUCUUUUUCUAAUCUAGUCAUCUUUGUGGCCUGGUGAGGUAAUUUGUUAAGCUACACUUGCAAGGAGUGAAUUUGAACAUUUUUGCUUUUUUAACAAAUUUCAGAGCGGGCUGAUACGGAAUUACUUUCUCUGCCAGUGCUGAUCUGCAGGUCCUGUUGCUUUGGGGAUCAAAUUACAGACGGGGCUCAAUAAUCUUGUCUCUUCGAGUUAUCUUGAUAAGAUAGCAGAAAAGUGAAACUCUGUGAUUGGGGCUUUGUGGCUGCAUCUUCUCCACUCCUUCAGUAACUUAUUUUUCUACUGUGUGUUUAAGGCACUCUGUUUUUCUCUGUAUAUUUUAUGUAUAUUUAAUGUUGUUGUUGUGUUAGUUUUUGAGCUCUUCUGGAAGUGUCAGGGACGUUUAAUGAUAUUUGUAACUGUAUACGGUGUUUUAUAAAGUGGAAAGACUAUAUUCUGCUAUUUCAUGGUUUGUCUAUCUGGGUAAGGUUGACCUUUUUUCUUAGUACGAUAAUCCCAAGCAUUUAUAACCUGGUUUUAAACAUUUGUUUUCAUGAAAUGCAAACAAUUCAUUAGGUUUAAACCAUUAAUGUUAAAGAUGCACAAAUCAGGGUUUUAAUUGCAAAUACCAGUUUCCGAUUAUCUUUGUGGUCCGACUCGCUCAGUGGAGGUUUUUAGUUUUUUUUAUUUU